AAGAUACACAAAUGAGAGAAUGCCACUUUUUGGGAAAAUUGUUGUUAUCAAGAGAAAUGGGACUGAUGGAACUCAUUUUCCACUCACUGCAAACUCUUGUUUGUUUGGAAGGAAAAAAGAAUGUGAUAUUCGAAUCCAGAUGCCUCGGGUUUCUAAAGAACAUUGUAAAAUUGAAGUCAAUGAAAAUAAAGAGGCAGUGCUGUUUAACUUGAGUUCUACGAUUCCAACACAGCUAAAUGGGAAUCACUUUCAGGAUCCCACACACUUAAAUCAUGGGGAUGUACUAACAAUUAUUGAUCGUUCUUUCAGGUUUGAAUAUCCACCUCACUCAUUUCCUCAGAAGAGACUUUCUAGAUCUCAAGAGAAGGAAACAUUACAGAUUCUUCAUGUUCAGCAUGUGCAACAGGUGGAAUUGCUGCAUCCUCAAAACUCAGAUUAUAAAAUUUCUCCACUUACUGGCAAGAAACUUGAAAGCCACCCUCUUAGCAGUAAUGAAAAAAAAACUCAAGAAAAUUACAGUACACCUGAAUUUAAGUAUAAAAUGCAAGACACUGAAAAAACAAAUGAAAUGUCUCCUUUUAGCAAACUUUAUGAAUUAGUGAAAGAUGAAGGUGGUGUAGACAAUGUAAAGGAAGAUACUGGUAAUGAAACCUUGCUGGAAGGUGUAUUUCACUCAACAUCCAGGACGUCUGCAACGAGUCGUGCAAAGUUGGCUAAAGCUGAACUUUCUGAAGAUAGCACACUUCAAGAAAAUGGUGGUAUAGUAGCAAAUCCAGUACCAAUCCUCUUUGAAGAGAAGGACUCUGAAAAAUCAUCAAGUAUUCAGAGUUGUGGUAUAAAAGAGAAACAAGCACCUGAAGGUACCAAUCAGUCGGAUUUCAAGUACAUGGAAGAUAAUGAAGUGGGAAAAAGCCAAAUAAUCAAAAGUGCUAAUAAGUAUGCACAUUUUAAAGCAAAUCAGAGUGCACAGCAUUUCCCUGAAUCAUGUUGUAUAGUGUCAUUGGACUAUACAGAAAAGGCUAGGUGCCUUAACAAGAUAAACUUAACAGAUGCUUUCACGCCUGUAGAAAGUAUUUUGCCCAAACCAAAGUCUAGCAGAAAGAGUACUCAGAGUUGCUCCAGUCCAUGUUCUAGAAACUCCCGAAGAUCUUCAAAGUCCAGAAGGUCAUGGGUUGAAAUAGAUUCACUGAACAAAAUGAAGAGCUCUGGAGUAACGGAAGGGUGUUCUGUACAAGUUAGUACAGAGCAACCUGAAUCUGAUAUUUUGAUUGAAAAUAUAUAUUCUAAAACAAAUGAAAACAGAGAACUGGCCACAGAAACAACGCAAAAUCUGAAAGAUUCAGAAGAUGGGAAUUCUAGUAUUGUUUUCAGUUUACUUCAUUUUAAUACUAGUAAAAACUGCAAUAACAGUAUUGAACUAAAUAAAAAUAUUUCAACUGAAUAUUCCUGUAUAGAGGCAAUAGAUAGAGAAGAAUCACUAAUACUCCCUGCAGAUCCUUCCCAAACCAAUGGAAUAAUGGCAAAUCAGAUACCUGAAAAAAACCUGGGAACAGGCUGUCCUACAAAUGAGAAUAAAAUAAAGAUAACAACAGAAGGCCAUGAGCAGAAUAUUAAUAUGAAAAAUAACAUACCGGCUUUUUCCAGUUCUUUUGAAAGUAAUGUCCAAACAUCAGCCAAGGAUGAUGCUGUUUUUGAAAUGAAUUUCUCAUGUCCUCUUAAAGUAAUCAAAAAGUCAGAGCCCAAGAAAUCACCGCAAAAACGUAAAGGUACAGAACUAGAUUUACUAGUCCAACCACUGGGAAAGAGAAAGAGAGUGUCCUUUGGUGGCCAACUGAGUCCUGAACUCUUUGAUAAGCGUUUACCUCCAAACUCGCCACUUAAAAAAGGGGCCAUUCCAGGAAGACUAAGCAUGCCAUUUGGAAACUCACCUCAAGCAGUUCUGAAAAAAGCUUCAGAAUUGAGGCGGUCUGUAAUAAAGGGUUCCUUUGAGAGGAAGCAACGUGAAAGUAUUGUGCCAAAGCAGACUGCCUCGCAUAGUGUGCCCCAAAGACAAGAAUGCUUUUCUGUUCCUCAUGUUGCAAGCCUAUCUUCAGAGGACGAAGAAGCUGCUGCACAAGAGAUGCAUGUGAAUAGGUUAUUCACUGAAGUUAAAAAAACAGAAUGUGACAAUCCAGAAUCUAAAGCCACUAUAUUGUUAAGGAGAAAAUCAUGUACUCCAAGGAGAAAUUCUAUACUUGGGAAAAGUAGAGCUGUGGAUGCUAUUCGCUCUAAAAGACGAAGUGGUGCUUCUGAAGCCAACCUGAUAGUUGCAAAGACUUGGGCAGAAGUAGUGAAACAAGGUGUUCCAAAACUACAACUGAAGUCUGCUUCAAAACAGACCUUUAAAAGAAGAUCAGUGAGGAAGGUGCCUUUAAAAUCAUCAAAGAAUACCAAUUUAUUAAAAACACCAAAAAGAAAAAUCAGCGGUCACUUUACAACAGGCCAUGCAAAUUCUCCUGCUCCAAUUGUGAUUGGAAAAGCUCAUACUGGAAUUGUGAAUAUAACCGCACAAGUUCCAAAAGUGGUGGUCAAUUACCCUUUGAAACAGCAUUCUGACUUCAGUGAAAGUUUUACAGGGUUGGCUGAAAUGUUCCACACUCCACCAAAUGGAAAACAGAACAGCUUUGUACUCGAAACUCAGACAUCAGGACCUGAAAUGAAUGCAUCAGAGGAAUCUGAAAAAAGGUCUGCUUUGAAUUUCAACAAUUCAAGCCAAGAAAGACAUAAUCAAGAUCUAACCUCCCCAGUUUUGGAAGAAGUUUCACAAAUAUCCAUUGCUGAUGAUGUCUUACUUCAAAAAAGUAUAAGAAAGGGUUUAUCAGUAAAUGAAAGAAAUAUAAUGGGAAUGGAAGAAGAAAACCUGCAACAAGAAUCAGAGCCAGACAAAGUGCGUUUGGGAGUCAAGAGGGUCUUGAGGACGCCCAAGCAAAAAUCAGAGCCAGUUGAAGCACUUUCGGAAGUCAAGAGGCUCUUUACUUCACCUAAGCAAAACUCAGAGCUGGUUGAAGCACUUUCAGGAGUCAAGAGGCUCUUGAGGACACCUAAGCAAAAAUUAGAGCCAGUUGAAGCACUUUCGGGAGUCAAGAGGCUCUUGAAGACGCCCAAGCAAAAAUCGGAACCUGUGGAGGCUCUAUCAGGGGUCAAGAGGCUCUUGAGGACACCCAAACAAAAAUCGGAACCCGUGGAGGUGCUUUCGGGGGUCAAGAGGCUCUUGAGGACACCCAAGCAAAAAUCAGAACCUGUGGAGGCUCUUUCAGGGGUCAAGAGGCUCUUCAGGACACCCAAGCAAAAAUCAGAGCCAGUUGAAGCACUUUUGGGAAUCAAGAGGCUCUUGAAGACACCCAAGCAAAAAUCAGAAUCUGUCGAGGCGCUUUCAGGGGUCAAGAGGCUCUUGAGGACACCCAGGCGAAAAUCGGAACCGGUGGAGGUACUUUCAGGAAUCAAGACGCUCUUGAAGACACCCAAACAGAACAUAGAGUCUCUUGUAUAUGAUAUCUAUACCAAAUCUAUGGUAUCUACUGAAGAAGUAUUAAAAAACAUGAUUGGAAGUGUUACCAAAAAGAAAACAAAACAGAGAAUCCAGCCUAUGGAAGAUAUCAAUAUUAAUAACAUUACUGAAGAAUUUAAGGAAACUGUGAAGCCUAUAAAAGAUAGAGAAAGUAUUCAGUUGAUGGCACCGAAGCAAAGAUUUGAACCCAUGAACAAUAUGGUUGGCAUUAGUCAGACACUGAAAACAUCAGAACUGAAAUCUUUGCCAACUGAUGACUACUUGGGAUUGCAGAAGUUUAUGACUGAACCUAAAGACAGCUCCCUAAGUCCUGAAACAGAUUAUACAGGUGUCAAAGAAAUGUUGGACACUGAAAAUGAGCAUAAGGCUGAAUUACCAGAAUCUCUGAAACUUAUGGAAGAAAAUGGAUCUUAUAUCACUUCUGGAAAUGAACUAGACUCCAUGGAAAAUGUGUCUGGAAGUUGCAAAGCAAAGCUGGAAGUUACAUUUGAAAGAGAAUCUCAUUUUCCAGUAACAAAAAAUAACAGUAGUAGUGUUCCAAACCAUGUAGGUCAUGUUGCAUGUAAUUCAUUUAAUGAAUUAAAAACAGAGUUCAAUGAGGAAACAACAAGAACAAUCUCUCUCUCUGAAAGCUAUAAGCCAGAUGGAAUGAGUUCCAAAAAUGAAGCUAAAACUGAUUUUGUGAAGGAAGCAGCUGCAAAUCCUGAUGCAUUAGAUUCAGAGAAGCUUGAACCACCUGCUUUGGGUAGAACUAGGAGAAGGAAAAUAAAUGAUUGUAGUUCUGCAGUUUAUGCAAAAAAGAUUCAGAGGCCUACAAAGAAUACCCAUAGAACAAGAUCAGCUAAUGGUGUGCAAACCAGUGAAAGUUUUGACAUCCUUACAGAACUAAAUCCAGUAUGCAAAUCUGAAAGCAAUUUUACAGCCAUUGAAACCAAGACCAAACAAUCUCAAAGAAGAAGACCAAAGAAGCUGCCUGUUAAAACAAAUGGGAAUAUAGGAUCUGAUAACAUAAGCCAUACUCAGGAAUUAGAGAAACCUUCAAAGGAAACAACAGUGGAAAAACAGCCUGUAAACAGGAGAAAAGUGGCAACUAGAAGAAAUGGAAAAACUGAAGCAAGUAUGGGUUUGGAAGAAAAUGGGCCAACCCAAGAAAAUGAAGGUGACUUAACUGCCAAAACAUGGCUACGGUCUAGAAAUGUAAAAAAGAGUGCAAGUGACCUGAAGACAAAGCUUGCCAAAGAUAAAACUGCUCAUGCGAUGUCAGGGGAAGAAAGUAUUAAAAGAAAUAGAAGAGGAAAGAUUGCUGCAAUACAAUCAAACCCUGAAACGUUACUCACAGCUUUUAAUGAACGUAAGCAAGGAAGACAAAAAGUACAGUACAAAUCUAGAAUACCUCAAAUGGAAACUUCAGAAAAUAACCUAACAACAAUGAAAGAAAAUUUAGUGAGGAAGGGGAAAGGGAAAAAAGUUCAUUUUCUACUUAAAAAUGACUUUAAGGUUUCUGAAGAAAAAUGUGCACUUGGAUAUGAGGAUAAUGCUCAUGAAGAAAAAGACAGUGCGUUUCUUGAAAGUUCUGUUUUUCCAAAAGAGAAUACAUCACAAAGCUGCAAAAGAAAAGCUGUUCCUGUUAAAACACAAGUAAGUUGUGGGUCUUAUUUUAAAGACAAAUGCACAUUAGAGAACUGCAAAGACAGCCGUAAACAGGUGUCUUUUGAAAAUGUUACUCCUACAGAGUGUCUGCCUGCAUUUAACUCUAGUUUUGUCCAAGAGAAAUCCAUGAUGGAAAUUCAAGCUGAAAACAUUUCUAAUGGGAUCCCAAAGGUUCCCUUGGAAAGCAUGCAAGCUCCCACAGAGCACAAUCGACGCAGAAGAGAAAAGCUAGCAAGAGAGAAUCAGUCUGGCAGAGGUAGAGGCAAAAAAGCUAUUUUCAGCCCCUCUGAAGAAAGUGACAGUAAACUAGCCUCUGAUGUGAAAGAACAUAAUAUGAUUGUCACUCUAAAAGAAAAUCAGCCGAAAAGGGGCAGAGGGAGAAAGAUUGUUCAAGUGCUUCCCAAACCUAGUCCUUUGGAAAAUACUGCUUUUGGAGAAGAGGAUUCAACAAUGAACAGUUUCCCUUUUGCCCAGGGAGGAUGUUCUUUGCCGCAAAUUCAAAAUGAGAAUGUUGAGGAAACUGAAAAGAUGCCAGUAGAAAAUGUGCAAAUUCUUGAAAAGCACAUUCCACCAAAAAGGGUAGUAAAAGACAAUCCACCCAGGAGAAAUAGAAGCAAGCAAGUCAAUGAAACAUCCAGUAAUGAGGCAGCUGAUGUUCAAGACCCAAAUAUGUUUAUCAGCCAAGACGAUAAUAUGUCCAAAAGGGGAAGAGGGAAAAGGGGUGCGCCAGAAUCCUCUUCACUGAAGAGCCAAGGGGCAGUGAAAGAGAAUCCACCUAGGCGAGGCAGGCACAAACGGACUAUGUCUGGUGAAAUAUCUGCAGAUGAUGGCAGUACACAGACAACCGCUAUAAAAGGCCAAAAUAUAGUUGGCAAAAAUGCUUGCCCUGCAAAGGGAAAUCAACCAAGAAUGAGUGGAAGAAGAAAAAUCACUCUUGUAUUUCAGAAAACCCUUUCUCCUAUCGAAAAUGACACUGUCCAUUUGCUAUCAUCAAACGAAGGGAGACAUUCAGCUGGACAGCCAAAUGAAGGUUUGAAAACAGCAAAUAAUGCAGAUGGGAAUUUCUCACGUAAAUAUAGACAAAGAAAAGCAGAUGAUGAAAUUUCAGCAAGCUCAGUUUCUUCCAGUAAAAGUUCUAAAUUGAUUGAUAAUAACAUUCAAGAAAACAGAAUGAAAGAUCUACAAGGUGUAGCACAACAGAAUAUAUCCAGAAGAAGUAAAAGAAAACAAUUAACACCUUGUGGAACUUCAACAGAAAGUAAUGAUGAACUAAGAAUUAACGAUAGAAAGACUGAGCCAGGAACAGAUAAAGCGGAUCCUUUAGAAAAUAGCUUUGAAAAAAAGCACCAAUCAACUAUUGCAUCACUAGUUUCUCCCUCCCUGAAAGUAAGCAUCACUUUGUCACCAUUAUCUUCUGCUAAUGAAAAUCAAAGCGGAAAUUGCAAACGUUCUGUUGGAAAAGGGAAAUUAGCAAAACGUUCUGAUACAUAUAACAUAAUGACACGUUCUGUCAGAGGAAAAUGCAUGGUUCCAAAAGAAGAGUUUUUUCAUGAAAACCAAAACAGAGAUUUAGAGAAAACAGCUACGGCAAGCAAGAACAAUCAAAGGAAAGGUAGAAGAAAAGUUAAGGAACUUGAGGCUGCUGUUUCUCCUUCCCUCAAAGAAAAAAUUAUAUUGUCUGCAGACAGUGAUAUUGUUCCUGAUGACCAAAUUAGGAUUCUAAAUAACGUGUCUAAUAAAAAAGUUUCUUUAAUGGGCAAGGGACAGAAAUUUCUUAAAAUAAAAACCAUGACCCAAAAUACCAAUCAAAGUAAUUCAUCUAAUUACGACCAAAAUAAAAAUGUGGAGCACUCAAGUAUGCUGGUGCAAAAGAGUUCAUCAAAAUGGGGCAAAAGAAAACAAAUUAAGAGCAAUUCAGAAACAAAUGCCACUGCUAACACAAUGAAAAAUGUAUUUCCAGAAAAUAAAUCAACAACAUCUAAAACAGAAAACACUGAAAGUAUAACCGUGCAAACAAGAGGAAAAAAGAGAAUGAAAGAAGAGAAUACCACCCUGGUGGCUGAGCUGCUUGGAGAGACAGAAGGCAGGACAAGAGCAAGCAAAAGAAGAAGAAAAUAGAUUGUAAUAUUUGCUGUGGGUGCAUUUUUAUCUGAGAUUAAUAAAGUAUGCUUCAAGGUUCACUUCAGCUUAACCCUUGAAAUGGAUAAUAUCUGAUGCAAAUAUUCUGUAAAUACCUUUUCAAAUUGUUUUAGGACUUGUUUGCUUAAAAUAUUAAAGGAUAAGGAAUUUAAAUUUUAACUGCUCUGAUUUGUAUUGUCAAGAAAUUUGUAUUGUCAAGAAAUUUUAAAAUGCUGAUGUUACUGUACUUGUGUCUUUUAAUAUUAAAAAUAUGCAGUAUUGCUUUUUAUGAUGACCCAAUUGGAGGCUGCCUGCCAGAAUAGCAUAGGUUAGGCAAUGUUCUUUUUGGAAUCAGUGCUAAUAUUAGCUCAUUCUUCUUCCAUACUAUAGUAACUGAUAAUUACUAGGAUGGAAAACAUUAGCUAUUCAGUUUCCCAGAACAUACAAAUUUGAAUUUUUAUGAGGCUGGUGUUUUCUCUGUUUAG